GAGCAAUUCUCCCACGUUUCUAAUCCCCAAUCCAUUUCUCUCCAUUCCGCCAUGGAAAGCGCCAAGAAGCUCUCAGCAAUUUCUCCAAGAACCCAUCUUCUCUUCGCCUUAAUCCCUCCCUUCGUCUUCCUCAUCGCCUUCCUCUGCCUCUCCCCUGCCUUCACCACCACCAGCACCAACAACUUCGCCUCCCGCCUCCUCUCCUCUCCCUUCAUCUCCUCCCUCAUCCCCCCUUCCGAAUCCCACCAAAUCAGGCUCCCCACCGCCGCCGCCAUCGAAACAGUUCGCUGGAAGUCCACUAACGAAGAAGAACUGGGCUCUUCUUCUUCUUCUUCUUCUUCCUGCGACAUCUUCGACGGGAAUUGGGUCCCCGACGACGAUUCCGACCCGCUCUACUCACCCGGGUCCUGCCCCUUCCUCGACAACUCCUUCAAUUGCUUGAAGAACGGACGCCCGGACUCCGGCUACCUCAAAUUCCGAUGGAAGCCGUACGGCUGCGAGAUCCCGAGGUUUAAUGGGAGAAAGAUGCUGGAGCUUCUCAGAGGAAAACGGCUGGUCUUCGUCGGCGACUCGCUGAACAGGAACAUGUGGCAGGCUCUGGUUUGCUCGCUGCGAGAAUCGGCCAAGAACAAGACCGGGAUCUUUGAAGUCUUCGGCCGGCGGGAGUUCCGAACUCAGGGAUUCUACUCCGUCAGAUUCCCGGAAUCCAAUUGCUCAUUGGAUUUCGUGAAAUCGCCGUUCCUAGUUCAAGAAUGGAAGUCGCCGGGAAGCCGCCGCCGGGAAACCCUGCGGCUGGACAUGAUACAGGGCAGCUUCUCCGACUACCGGGAUGCUGACGUCAUCGUGUUCAACACGGGCCACUGGUGGACUCACCGGAAAACUAAUCGAGGUAAAAAUUACUACCAAGAAGGCAGCCAUGUCUACAGCAAGCUGCGAGUGACCGAAGCGUACAAAAAAGCUCUGACGACUUGGUCCCAAUGGGUCGAUUCCAACAUCAACGGAAGCAGAACUCGAGUCUUCUUCAGGGGAUACUCUGCCUCACAUUUCGGUCCGGCGCAGCGGUGCGACGACGGCGGCGCGGCGGGUCCGGUGACGAACGAGGCGGAGCUGGGGGCGGGGGACUAUCCGUGGUGGAUGAUGAAGGCGGUGGAAUCGGUGAUCGGGGAGAUGAAGACGCCGGUUUUUUAUCUGAACGUGACCAAAAUGACGUCGUAUCGGCGGGACGGGCACCCUUCGAUUUACCACGAGCGGAGGGCUGCGGCGGCGAGUGGCGGUGGUGGGGCCGAGUUUCAGGACUGCAGCCACUGGUGCCUUCCUGGGGUUCCGGACGCGUGGAACCAGCUUCUGUACGCCGCUCUGUUGGUCGACGGCGGCGGUGGACGGUGACGCAACCUGCUUGGUUGCUAAGGGGAACUCUUUUUGGUGACACUGGUGUCAAUUUUGGUGAAGGUUGGAGUUGCUACUUAGCAGAUUUCCUUUUGUGUUGUUAACCAUGGGUUGGGUAGUUUGACCUACGUGAAUGGUGACUAGCUCGAUUUUCAUUGUCCGAAUGGUGAGUUUAGUUCGAUAAUUCGAGUUAAUGGAAGAAAUAUUGUAGUAUGUGACAUUCAACAAUAUUAGAGAGAUCAAUUUUUUUAGACUUCAAUAAUUUUUGGGUGGACUAUCCAUUUGAGUGAA